AAAUUACAUUAUCGGUUUCGCCAUUGGAACUCUAGCACCUUGCUCCGGUCGCCGGCUACUCUCACCGGCAUCGGUCUCUUUCCCUAGCAGUCGUGGCAAAACGGCGAUUUGACGGACGGGUCAGAUCUUCUUGCAAGAGAGACAGAAAGAGAGAGAAAGAAAGAGAGAUUUGCAGAUGAGAGAAAUGACGGGUGGUGGUAGUUGUCUUCAAUCAUGUCGAAGCUCCGGCAAGCCUGCCUGGCUACAAGCUACGCUCGCAGAUCUCGACCGUCAACUGCAAACGCUCGCUCUCAACCUGCCGGAGGAAGACGACUCUGACUCCUUCGCAGAACGUGCGGAAAAUUACUACCGAAAACGCCCUCAGCUGAUCUACCUCCUCCAGGACCUCUACAACCGUUACCUCACCUUAGCUGACCGUUACUGCCAAACCCUCAAGCACCAAUCUCAAAUCUCCACCGUCCAUUCCGACACCGAUGACGACGUCAACACCACGGACCGUCCGAUUACCAUCAAUUGCAACCUCUACCCAGACUCUGACGCGGAGAGCUGCCUCUCAUACCAACCCCCGCCUCAAUUACCCGCCAAAAACCCACUGACACCUGACAACCUAAUCGCUGAGCUGGUAAUGAAGACCGUUGAGGCUGAGAUCCUCACGAACGAGCUCGAGAUCCUUGACCGACAGCAGGUGGAGUCCGGGCGGAAGAUGGAAUUGCAGAAGAGCCUGUUGGAGGUGCUGGAGUCGGAGCGGAUGGUGUUGCUGAGCGAGAACGCGCGAUUGGGGUACCAGGCCGCCGCGAUUACUGAGGAGAAUAAAGAGCUUGCGUCGGAGGCGGUGUUCAUGAAGCGGAAGGCGACGGAGCUGGCACGGUGUAUGCUGAAGAUGCGGGACGAUCAUAGGGUUUGUAUGCUGAGUCGUAAAAUCGAGGACUUGCAGGGGCAGAUAUAUGGGCUGGAGAAAAGGAAUAAGGAGUAUUACGAGCUGCUGGUGAGGAGGGAAGAGGAGAAGAAGGAAAUUGUGAAGGGUGUUUGGGUUGAAGUUGAGAAGUUGAGGCUUGAGAAUGCACGGCUCAAGGAAGAGGCAUUGAGGGGUAAAGAUGGGUGGGGCAGGGUUGGCAAGUGGUGGGGCCGGGUUAGGAAGGUUGAGUUCGUAGUACCCUUGUGUGGGUCCCAGCAUGGGAGGUGCUUUUGAACGUUUGGAUUUGAAGGGGUGUUUGUGAAGAUGUAGGUAAGUAGAUGGCCUCUGUCUGCUGCGUUUUAAUGUUAAUGAAUGUAUUUUUGUCUUUUUUUGGUUUACUCAGGGGUAUUUUAGUAAUUUAUGUAAGUGAUUUUAGCU